UGAGAUAUUAAAUGAUGAAAAAAAUUGGGCUCAGCGUGGAUCAGUUUGCGAGGCCCAUGUAUUUACCCAAAUUAAAUUAAUUAACAAAAAUGUGCUCUAUUGUGUCUGAGCCCGGGUUCGAACCGGGGACCUCUAGUGUGUGAGACUAGCGUGAUAACCAACUACACCACCCAGACAUGUUGAUGCAUAUACAUAACAAAGGAUAUUCAUGUAUGAUGCAUGUGCAACUAAAGUUGACUUUGUUGCCUUCUUUUUGUCUUCAACAACCUCACAAUUCCCGAAGUCUGAUAACACUGUACUACAAUGUUUCAGUUUGUAUUAUUGAUAUUAUGCUACUCCGUCGUAGCGGCACAAGCAGAAAGCAAUUCCUCUCCUUACAUGUACAUCUCACCCAACACAGUGUUCCAGAAUUACGAGAAAAUGGUUAAGAAUUUCAAAGUUUUUACGUACAAGUCAAACGAGGCCGAACUCAAAUUCGCGACCACAGAGGAGUCACUGUUCUAUUCUUCACUACAGAACAGCACGUACCUGACACAAGAUCCCGAGGAGGCACACCUUUUCUUCGUGCCUUUCUCCACGGGCCUCUCCACGCGCGCUCUCGCGCGUGACCUAACACGCGUCCGCAACGAGCUCCCGUACUGGAACCGCACCCUGGGCGCGGACCACUUCUACCUCUCGUGCGAAGGAACCCCCCACGAGCCGGACCGAAUCCUCGUGGAGCUGAAGAAAAACGCGGUCCAAAUCUCGUGCUUCCCCACGCGAAAGGACAAGUUUAUCCCUCACAAGGACGUCACGCUGCCCCCGCUACCCUCUCCCCACGCGCGCGCCAGGCGAGUGCGCGCAAGCGCUGAGGAGUUUUGCGUUGUGGAGUACGGAAACGGCGCGUCGUCGUGGAUUGGUGAGGCGCUGCGGUUGGGGUGCGUGCCCGUGGUGGUUUCGGAGGGAGCCGUCAACGACAUGCCGUUUAUGGAUGUGCUGAGGUGGGGAGAGAUGGCGGUGUUUGUAAGAAGUGAGCGAGGAGUGGAGCGUGUGUUGGGUGACACGUGGAGGGAACGGCACGGGCGAAUGAGAGAAUUGGGUGUGGGCGCGAGUAGGCACUUGCAGUGGAACCGGCCUCCUUUGCCCUUCGAUGCGUUCAACACCGUCAUGUAUCAGUUGUGGCUCAGACGCCAUACCGUCCGAUACGCGAGGAUGCAAUACAAUUAAUCCUGCAUGUGACUGAAUUUAAUACUGUUUCUGCCUUCAACUAUUUGUUGUAUAAGUAAUUUGAAUAAUGCAUUAAGUAAAAAUGUAAUUAUUUUUCCAGCAAUCUAGAAUUAAUUUAUACUUUGUGAAC